GCGGCAGGUGCCCCCUCUCUCUCCCUCCGGGCAGCGGGGCGGCGUGGGCCGUGGUGCAGCCUUGGAAGAGGAAGCCCCCGUUGCGGGGAAGGGCGGCGGGCGCCCUGGCCGGAAGCGGGGAGCCGUGCGGCUGUCCCGGCCGGGGAGCCGGGGGCUCCGCUGACCUCUGCCAACGCCCUCCCGGCCCGCCGGGCCCGGCGCUAGCGGCCCCUCGCGCAGGCUGCACCGGGUUGGGUUUCAAAAAAGAGCGCCUGACCCACCCACUUCUCGCUCCGUCGCUGUGCAGCCCCUGUGGGAACCAAUUUGCCUUUUUAGUUGAGGCUCUAAAAAGCAUAGGGCUUCUGUGGGAUGCAUCCAGACGAAAACAGCCGAAAAUGAAGUUUAAAUGGAAAAAAGUUUAGUAUUUUGUUGUAACUGAGGUGUCCUAGGACAGGCUAGCAGUAGGUGGUGGGUGAUGCUCCUGGUUUGGUUUUGCUUGUUUCCUUGUCCGCGGCACUCAGCUGGAGAAACUUUUUUUCGUCCCAGUGGAAGUUUCUGAGCUGUGAAUCCUCGUAGAAGAUUGAUAGCUCUGCCAGUAUUUGUCCACAAUAGAAGAUGGGUGGAUUAAUUUCAAGAUGGAGGCAGGCAAAGCCUUCCACUGUAGAGGUAUUAGAAAAAAUAGAUAAGGAAAUACAGACAUUAGAAGAAUUCAGAGAAAAAAAUCAGAGGCUACAGAAACUAUGGGUUGGAAGGCUUCUUCUCUACUCCUCACUUCUUUACCUUAUUACUUGCUUAAUUGUAUAUUUGUGGUGUCUUCCUGACGAAUGGACAGCAAGACUGACAAUGACACUUCCAUUUUUUGCAUUUCCAUUGAUAAUCUGGUGUAUAAGAACACUGCUCAUUUUUUUCUUUUCCAAACGGACAGAAAGAAAUAAUGAUGCUCUGGAAGAUUUAAAAUCCCAAAAGAAAAAAAUACUUGAGGAAGUAAUGGAAAAGGAAACGUACAAGACUGCUAAACUAAUCCUUGAAAGGUUUGAUCCAGAAUCAAGUGCAAAGGAGACUGAACUACCAUCUGCUGGAACAUCUGCAACCCCAAGACCUGGACAAGAAAUUCGUCAGAGGACUGCAGCUCAAAGAAAUGCUUCUACACCUUCACCUGCAACUCUUAAACAAGGCUCUCCAAAGUCCCCUCUUCCAGCAGCUCCUAAUCUGCAGAGAGACAGCCCAGCUCCGAGUGGGCUCCCGGAAAGAACUGCUGUGCCAUCCUUGCAAUCCAAUGUUUUACCAAGGCGCCCUGGAUCCCCUGCUACUUCAGUGCCUGGAAUGGGUCUUCAUCCUCCAGGCCCUCCUUUGGCAAGACCUGUUCUUCCUAGAGAAAGAGGAGUUGUGGAUAGAGUUAUUGAAUAUUUGGUUGGUGAUGGUCCUCAGAACAGGUAUGCCCUUAUAUGUCAGCAAUGUUUUUCUCACAAUGGUAUGGCUUUGAAGGAAGAGUUUGAAUACAUAGCAUUUAGAUGUGCCUACUGCUUCUUCCUGAAUCCUGCAAGAAAAACUAGACCUCAAGCUCCACGACUUCCAGACUUCAGUUUUGAAAAAAAGCAAACUACAGAAUUGCAAUCUGAAACUGAACCUCUAGAACCUAGAGAGAGAAAGCCCCAGGAGACUCAAGAGACAAAAGAAUCUGAAGAUGAUGUGGCCCAGCUCGUUGAGGCAAAUGGCACAGAUGAUAGAGCGCCAAGUUCUGAGCAUCUAAAUGAUAAGCUAGCUGAAGAAGUUGAAAAAGAAGCAGAAAACAUUUCAACAACUGAAGAGGCUAUUUCAGAGUCUGCUUCAGCAGAACAAAGUGAAGAAUCUUUAAUAAAAGCAGAAUAAAAUA